UACACAUUCUGGCAAUGUCGACUAGGUGAAACGAGAGGCGCCACUUUAAAUUGGAGAUAUGCUGAAUGAUCAAAUGUGGGAGAAAAGAGCGUUUCGUCUGUACCCGCUAUCAACAGGAGUUGAGUCAUUUGUUCGGUCGGUCGUGCUGAAUCGAUAAAUAUAAUGACCGUGUUAAACUAUUCCGUUUCUCGAUAGGUUGUUGGAGUUGUAUCCUGUAAACAAAUGUUCAGUGACUCAAACCACAGCAGCCGAAAACGAAAGUAUUUCCAGCGAUCAAUCAGAUCCGUAAGAAGUAGAAGUUCGCAAUUUGAAGUAAACGUCUAUAUACAAGUAAUGCAAUGUCAAAAAAUGGCUACAUAAGACAAUAUUCUUGUGCAUGUUCCAAAACGCCUCUCAAUUUCCCAUGGGAGUCCUCAUAGUCAGGUUAAGCCAAUUUCUGUAUAUAAAUUCGUCAGGGUCAUCAAUCCGUUCAUUAGGUAGUUUCGUUUUGGGUUGCUACAGUUUAGAGUCAUCAAAUAUCCCAGUCUAACUUAGAUACCGUCUUAUUCUUCAAUUGUACUUUGUAGAAUCCAUGUGGAUACCUCCAGUUUGUGAUAACCCUCCACCUUUUAAGAUUGAAGAAGAGCUACUUCCUCCAACACUUGGGACCUCAAAGUCAUUGACCAAAACGUCUAGUGUCUCUGCCUCCAGUAGUUCAAAUAGUGACCAUAAAGAGAACUCACAAUAUCAGGCAGCGAAUAUCAGAUUUCAGUUCUAUCCUGUUCCGGUAAUCAGUGGUUUACUUGUUUUCUGUUUGUUCUAUUGUGAACGUGUUGCUGAGAUUGACCUUUUGCUAGUUGAUAUGUGUGAAAUGAUUUAAUGAUUCAAUUCAGUCAGGUGACUUGACUCCCAGUUGAGUCGUCUGUAUGUAGAAGUAUCACUUUCAAGUGGGAACUCAGUGUUUAAUGUAUGCCUCUGAAAAUGUAAGCAUGUUUGUUUCAGCCAGAAGGACUACUAUUAAGUAGUCUUAUGGAUGCUCAGCAACUGUUGUUUUAGAUUAAAUUAUCCGUUUGGUGUACAGUUGACGGCAUUCAUAAAAUUCAGUAUAGAAUAUUUAGAAAUCAAGGCGUUCAGUUGGUAGAUUAAGAACCUGGAUUAACGACCCUAUUAAUCAGCUAUAUGAAAACGUAGAUUUCGUCAUGAGUUGGGAAAGUGGUACGUGAACGUGACUAUAUUUUCAAUGGGAAUUAUGUGGAAGGCCUCUGACCAUUGUUUUGCCACCCAAGAUGAUUGGGACUUUGUGUUCAGUGAUUUCGUCUCUCCAACCAGCAGCAUGUCACAUUUCUCAAGAAAGGAUUUGAUAGGGGUUGUGGUGUUUAGGUUACGGAGGACCGAAUACUCACUUCCUGAAGUACUAAUUAGCUAUUAGCAUUGGAGAAAGUGAAUUAAAUACUUUUGACCACUCUGAUUUCUAGCGUGCCAGAUGCUUGUCGUUUCCAUAUCAAGCCUUACCGUCUCACGGAAUAACAGUGUAUAUGUAUACGUGGACUGUUCCUGCACCUGAUGUCGUUGCCGACCUUUGCUAUGCGGAGAAGAGUUGUUUCGAAAAGGCAGACGGGGCUAUUGGGCUUUUGUUUUCGAAACCGAUUUCCAAGGUUCGGUAUGGUGUGAUGGACAGUCGAUGACGUGUGGCGAUGUUUAGUUUCGCAACCAGGGAAAUGAUAUGUUUGUAUAAGAAAUUUCCAGAGGUUGUCGGCAUGGAUUCAACAUACAAUACGAAUAAGGAAGAGUAAGAUUUAAGUGUAAAGCCAAUCACUUGCAGUCAUCCUCUAUAUCAACUGGUCG